CUGGCGUGCCCAUCAGUUGAUGGCACUGCGUCAGCAAAGCGUCUCGCUCACUCGCAGCUUCUGUCUAACAGGACAGGCAUGUGGUGUCGUGGCAUUUUAGGGACGCGUGCUAUUUCCAACAAGACGCUUGUUUUCACGUCCUUGCAGCGCUUGACGAGUAAUAGUACCAAUGUUAUCGAGAAUCUCAGUGCGACGGCCAAACAACUCAACGUUGUUCCGUCAAGACAGCCGGUGCAACGCUCGAUCGCUUCAAACGCGUGUGGAAGUACAAUCGGCGACAUUAUCGAUCAAUGGAGUCGUCGAUUUGAGGCCGAGGGCAUACCGGAGCCGGUAGAGUCGAUAGAGCACAUAGUAGCGCACAUUGUAGGAACCAGGAAGACGUUAGAUGUUUUUAACAUGAGAAACGACAAAUUCAACGCGAGCCAGAUCGAGGAAUUGGAAUCGCUGUGCGAGUGCCGAUUGUCGAGGAUGCCAGUGCAGUACAUUAUUGGCGAGUGGGACUUUCGGGACAUUACCGUGAAACUGGUGCCACCAGUCUUUAUACCUCGCCCGGAGACAGAGAUACUGGUGGAUUUCGUCCUGAAGAGACUAAACUCGUCGCCACUUGAGAACUGCGAGAUUUUAGAGAUUGGUUGCGGCUCAGGCGCUAUAUCGCUGGCGCUUGCUCACGCUUGUAAAAAGAUAAAGUGCACAGCGAUCGACGCUAGUCCGCACGCUUGCGACUUGACCAUGACGAAUCGCAGCCAACUGAACUUGAUGGAUCAAAUCGCAGUGAUACACGCAACCCUGAAGCCGGACGCUACUGUCGAAGUUACGAGCAUGUCGAACGGUGCCGGUAAGAUGGAUUUGAAUUCGAAGCAGUUUGACUUUGUAGUCAGUAAUCCACCAUACGUACCGACGAAGAAAAUACUGGAUCUGGAGCCUGAGAUAAAAAUCUAUGAGGAUCUCAGGGCGUUGGAUGGUGGUGACGAUGGGCUGAAAGUCAUUAAACCACUCCUAAGAUAUUCCGCUAAGGCGUUGAAACCUGGCGGACGUCUCCUCGUGGAAGUUGAUUCCACUCACCCCGAGUACAUAAAAUUUUUUACUAACAAGUAUUCUGAUUUGAAGCUGCAUUACGAACAUACGUACAAAGAUUUCUGCAAUAACGAUCGUUUCGUGGAAGUACUGAAAGUCAACUAAAGAGAAGUUGUCAAUACCGUGAGCUCUCUCGAAGUUUGUCGCCUUGCGAUAAUUACUUUUGUACGAUAGAUUCGAUAAAAGGAACAAGUUACA